UUCUCCUUUCUGAACUCACCAGCAAACGCCCCCGAAUAAAACCAUUAUACACCAUCAAAUUAUGUCGUCCAUCGCUAGCACACUCGUUUGUUGCUAAAGUGACACGGUCCUAACAGGUCGGUGGAUCCUUUGGCCUUAAACACCUACUCGUGCUCUGCAGCGUUGCCGUUUGUCGAAUCAAACCAGGAAUCGGGGGAACGGGGAACAAUAGGGUAGUGGUCGCAUCCGCACGAGCUAUCUGGCCCGGCAAAUAUCCCUCUCUCUAGCUAUUUCUAAGCUCAUAUAACCAACCCUACGCCUCUGAAUAACGAACGAACAAUCUCGGCGAUUUAAUCAGGAAUUCAUAUCAAGCCCUACUUUCGAUAACUUCUUUGCUUCACCAGCGACUUUUCAAAUACACGCCGACACCAACCCAUCGACCGGAGCCAUGAAGUUCCUUCCUCUUCGCGAGCUUGAUUCGAUCAAUCGUGCUCUCGUCUUCGACACUCCUGAUUGCCGUGUCGUUGGCGGUGUAGACAUCUACACCACCAAGGCCGCAGGGGCUGACAAGAAGCUUUACAAAAACGUCUGCGAAACUAUCAGCACUCGCUAUGAAGCCGAUCUCCGUCUAUCGGAGUCCUUAUCUCCCCCUGACCGCGGUUCCGAUAGCGCUAGCAAGUACCAGUCUGCUGCCGUUUACCAAACCCUGCAUUCCCCGUUUGGACCUUUGGAUCAGAUUUCGGCUAGACGCACUUUUGCUUACUUGAUUGCUACCCUUAAUGCUUCUCAUCCCGACUAUGAUUUUUCUACCACGCUUCGCCCAUCGGACUUCCGUCGUGAGCGUCACAUCAGGCCCGUUAUGAACAAUUUUAAUACAACGUUGUUCAAUUUAGGCGUCAACACCUCCAGAGAGCUUCCCAAGAUGUGGGAGACUAUUGAUAAGGAGAUGGACUUGUUGAAUUGCAAUAUCUAUGCCUACUCUCCCGACGAUGUCUCCAACGAUCCGUAUGGUGACGAAGGGCUUAUCUGGUCUACUAACCUUUUCUUCUUCAACAAGCAUAAGAAGAGAGUUUGUUACCUCUACCUCAGGGGAUUAAGCACCUUGAAUCACUCCCCGCUUGAGAGGAGCCUUGCCGGAUGGGGCAGAAAUAGUAGAGUCGGAUCUGAUGGAUGGGACGAAAGUGAGGGCGAAGACCUUAACGACGACUUCAUCGAGAGCAAGAGCAUCUGGGGCGACGACAACUACGAUGAUGGCUUUUUCGAAGGGAUGGAAGUUUGAGUUUUCACUUAUCCUCAAUCUUUAUUAUUCUGUAGAUGGAGCCGUCCAUGGAUAGCCUUGGGUGGUAGUAUAGCUCUUGAGCUCUAACAUUUCCUUAUGCUUGUACUUUUUUUGCCAUCUCUUGACCUUUCUGUCUCUUGUUUUUUUCCUUUCCUUUUCCCGGUUUUCUCGUGUUUUUUCUGUGGCGUUUCUUAUAUCCUCCAGCGGCAGUGGGUCGGAUUCACCAGGAAAUGCCUUCCGAUAUGUUCUGUGUAUUUUUUCUUCUCUUCUCUUCUUGUUUGUAGGAAUUAGGGAUGUGGAGGGUACUUUGAGGCCGUGUUGGAUUGGGCUAGUUGUGUCUGGUCGGGGUUUGGGCGUUAUCAAUGUUCGGUGAGAGCGCACGUUGGGGUAAUGAACGCCUCUUGGUGUUUGGGUUAGUCUAGUUGGUGGUGAUUGGUUUUGUUUCCGGCGUUUGUUUUGGAGGUACCGAGUUUUAAUUCCGGGAUGAAGGAGGGGUUCAUUGAUUUCGUACGAAAAUCUUUCAUAAGUAACUCUAUUCUUGCAUGUAA